AUGGGCUUGUACACGACUCUCCAGGAUAUGUAUGUCCAUUCUGUCCGGAUCGAGAGCAUAAAUACCCGAGACCAGACAAUUUGCAAAGACAUGUCAGAGUCCAUCACGUGGACAAAGACAAGGAUGACCCACUGUUACGGGAGGUCCUUUCCCAGCGGCCAGAUGGGCCCAACCGCGGCAGACGGCGCAGAGGAGGGCCUGCUUAACAUACUAGGACAGAGCCUGAUUCAUACUUCACACGAGAUCAGGCUUUGGGCCCAUGACCGGGUUGAUUGUAAAUAG